GCUGCAAGAAUAAAACUAUGACUUCUUAUCCAAUUCCAAAAUAAAAACAAACUCCUCAGUAUCUCAGGAAUUUCUAAAUUAAAAUACAAAAUAAAACAAGAUUAUUAGUCAAAAAUGUCGUGAGAACGUUGCACACCUCGUCCAUGGCUUAUGCUAACCAUUAUGAGGUCCUAGGAGUCACACCAAGGUCUACACAGAAUGAUAUAAAGUCAGCAUACUACAAAUUGUCAAAAUUAUAUCACCCAGACAGAUCAAGCGAUGAUGCAUCAGCUAAGAAAUUUCGAGCAAUAUCAGAGGCAUAUGAAGUAUUAGGAAAUGUAAAAUUGAAGAAAAUGUAUGACAAGGGUCUAUUGACGCGAGAGAGUCCCCACAGUCAUACAGACUACCGCCCCGAGCCCGAACCAACAGACCCCACCCUCAAGUUCUACAAGUCCCGAGCUUCGAGACACAUCACUCCUACUAUGGAUGGGAAAGUACCCAUUUACGACUUUGACGCCUGGUCAAAAAACCAUUAUGGAGAUGUUUUCAAAAAAUCACAAUAUGAUAAAGAAAUGUUGAGGAAAAGGCGAGAGAAGCAAAUGGAUGCAGUGCAUUCCAACCGUCAAGAGGCAACUAUUUAUAUUCUAUUUGCACUCACAGGGAUCUUCUUCGCACUGGUGCUCCGCGGGAAGUCAGAAUAUGAUGUGGACAGGACGAGCAAAAUAGAAACUAUACAAAGUAGCACUGCGGACAAAACUGAGUCUUCAUAGUACAAUUUUAUUUCAUGGGCAGUUUACGGGUAUAAAGUAAUAUGGAAUAAA